AUGGCCCUUCUUCAUGAAAAAAGUGACAUCUGUUGCAAGUCUGAAUUGGACAUAUUUUCGGUGCCCUAUACGCAGAUGAGUAUAGUAAAAGGACCAUGGAUAGAAUAUCAUCCAGUUAGCAAUAUAACCGAUUCUGGCCCUAUCGAAUUCAACCUGUCCGGAACCUCUGAAGAAUACAUGGACCUAUCCCAAACCAUGGUUCAUGUAUUAGUGAAAGUCGUCAACCCUGACAACACCGAUCUUGCUGAGGAUGCCCCAGUUGGACCCAUUAAUCUUCUCUUACCCUCACUUUUUAGUCAGAUAGAUGUCAAACUGAAUGAGACCCUCGUGUCACAGCCAUCCAAUACAAACGCUUAUAGAGCAUUCAUAGAUGUGUUAACCCACUAUGGGAACGAUUCAAUGUCAUCCCAGUUGACACAGCAGUUAUUUUACAAGGAUAAAGCGGGAAAAUUGGAUGUGGUGAACCCUCUACUACCCCAACCUGAAGUGAAUGAUGGAUUAAAAAAAAGACACGGUUUCACGAGUGAAAGCAAGACUGUAUCCUUACUGGGGCCCUUGUAUGGGGACAUCUUUUUUCAAGAGAGACUCAUGCUCCCAGGAGUGGACGUAAAAAUAAAGCUCAAUCGAAAUAAAGAUGCAUUUUGCCUCUUGACAUCUCAUGCUACGAUGAAAUACAAGAUCGUUAUUGAGAAGGCUGCCCUCUACGUUAGAAAAGUGAAAAUCAACCCAUCCGUGAUGUUAUCGCACGCGAAAGGAUUGGAAAACACCCCAGCCAAGUACCCCAUCAAUAAAGUGGACGUACGUUCCUUUACCAUUCCCUCUGGAAAUAUGUCGAUCAAUAAAGAUAAUCUUUUUCUUGGACAGAUUCCUAACCGAAUUAUUAUAGGGUUUGUGGAUAACGACGCUUUCAACGGGAAUUAUGGAAAAAACCCUUAUAACUUUAAACAUUACAAUCUGAAUUAUAUUUCCAUCACAGUAGAUGGAGAGCCCCUACCCAUGAGGCCGCUGCGCCCCUGUUUCGAAGAAGGGAAGAGUCAGAACUAUGUAGAAGCCUACAAUACACUGUUCAUGGGAACCAGUCGAUUAUUUUCAGACCGUGGGAUAGCUAUAAAUAGGGAGGAGUAUGCACAAGGAUACACACUUUAUGCCUUUGACCUCACCCCCGAUUUAAGCGAUGGCUGUCAUUUGAAUCUGGUAAAGGAGGGGAACGUGCGUCUGGAAGCGGGAUUUGAUGUUGCUCUACCCAAUACCCUGAAUUGCAUCGUGUACUCUGAAUCACAAGGACUCCUUCAGAUUGAUAGAAGUAGGAAUGUCAUCUACGAUUUCAAAGGUUGA